CUGGAUUGCUAAAUAGGUUGAGUAUUAUAUCAGGAAAGCAAGAAUACGGUGGUGAGAGAAAAUCCUCCAAUAUUGAUUAUGGAAUAGACUAGAAUGACCGAAUCACCCAAUUCUACUCCUAUAUAUUAUGACAAACUUUAUACCGUGACUGAACAAUGACUUCUUUGUAGCCCAUAACAAACAAGAGAAAACAUUUAGAUGCUGGAAUUCCAAGCAACACACACAAAAAGCUGGAGGAACUCAGCAGGCCAUAAAACAUCAAUAGCAGAGAGUAGAGUCGACGUACAGAUGCUGCCUGGCCUGAUGAGUUCCUCCAAUUCCAGAUUUCUUCACUCGGAUCCUGAUAUAUGCGUUCAAGAUUUAAAUUUCAGGUUAAUGCUUUGAUCUCGUUUGUAAUAGUUACAUACAUCAUUAUCUGUCUGGUUAAAGUUGGACCUGCGGUGAGAGGUUUAUUGGAAGAAAAGCCCGUGACCGAAAGCAAACCACAACUGAAGACAAGGGAACAGUAACAAGGAACCAACCGGAGGACUGAAAGCACCAACUCGAGGGAACCCUUCUGACUCGGAGUUAACACUGGCUCAGUCAGGAGAAAGUUUGGUCAUUGCCAGCAGGUGGGGCUUUCUUCCACUCGGACGGAAGACAAGAAGAAGACAAUCAACCAACGUCAGUCAGAGUCAGAAUGGACACAGAUCUGAACUCCGCAAUCUCCGCCUUCCUGUCAAAUUGUGAGGAUCACCACCUGCUACGGUUGACGCGAUUCUACAUGGAGCGAUUGGAGCAGGCGAUUGAGGAGGGUGUGGAGGGAGUCAGCUUCAUGUUAAUGGGCGAGGAUCACCUCACCGGGCUAGAGUAUCAUAGCGUGACUGAGCUCGCCGAGAAGGGGAACCGAGCAGACGCUUCCAAACUCCUCCUGGAUCUGGUGAUGGAGAAGGGCUCCGGGGCCCGGAAGGUGAUGUGGGAAUCCUUUGUGAAAUUACAUCAUCAUUUACCGAAGCUGAGCAGAAUAUUGAAUGAAAUACGGGAACGAGGUGACGGCCAGGUCGCCUACAUGGACACUGAGCGGGGUUUAUCUGAAGUGCCCAAGCAUCUGAAAGAUGUUCGAAGGAAACACAAGGAGACUCUGCGGGCACAAACUGAAACACUGAGAGUGAACACGAUCCUGAUGAGGGAGAAGGUGAAGGUUUUCCAGCUGGUUGAUCGAUACGUUGAGCUCACGGUCAUUUCUACUGUUCGAGAUCGGAGACUGGUGGAACAUGAGCUGUUAGCAAGAGGCAGAGCCCACGAAGAAUUGAGAGAGAAACAUGUCCACAGAGAGCUGGAAAAAAUCCGGAUACAUCAGUUAUUCAAGAGGAGUUUUCUUAAACAAUUUAAAAGACCUAACAUGGAAAAAAAAUCUGGGAUGUCCACAGCGGUGGCCGGCGUUCCAGGGAUCGGAAAAACAACAAUGGUACAAAAGAUUGUUUAUGACUGGGCCACAGGGAAAAUAUAUCAACAAUUCCAGUUUGUCUUCAGUUUCAAAUUCCGCGAUUUAAACACCAUUAACUGCAGAAUAAACAUGAAGGAACUGAUUCUGGAUCAGUAUCCUUACUUUGGGAAUAUUCUGAGAGAGGUCUGGAAGAACCCAGAGGGAUUGCUGUUUAUAUUUGAUGGUUUGGAUGAAUUCAAUGACAGAAUUGAUUUUGCUGACAGCCGGAGAAACACAGAACCUCAGCCCACAUGCACAGAUCCUGAAUUCAAGUGCAAGGUGUCUGACAUUGUGUACAGUUUAAUCCAGGGCAAGCUGCUCCCAGGGUGUUCAGUGCUGGUGACCACCCGCCCCACUGCGUUACAUUUAUUGGAAAAGGCUGAGAUCAGUGUCUGGGCUGAAAUCCUGGGAUUUUCUGGUGAGGAACGGAAAAAAUAUUUCAUCAGGCAUUUUGAAGAUAAAAUGGUGGCGGCAGCUGUUGUCAAACAUGUGAAGGAGAACGAGAUCCUGUACACCAUGAGCUACAACCCCUCCUACUGCUGGAUCCUCGCUCUGGCACUGGGCCCCUUCUUCACACAAAGAGUCAGGGACCCCCAGCAAGUUCCCAAGACUAUCACCCAACUGUACUCCUACUAUAUUUACAACAUCCUGAAAAACCACGGCCGUGAGAUUGAGAACCCCCGUGAUGUGUUACUCAGGGUUGGUCAGUUGGCCUUCAGAGGAGUGUCCGGAAGGAAAAUUGUGUUUACAGAUGUAGAUUUGAUCAAGUACAAUCUGCAGCCUUCCCAGUUCCUGUCCGGGUUCCUGAUGGAGCUUUUGGAGAGACAGGAUUCUGCCCGGAGCGUGGUGUACACAUUCCCACACCUCACCAUCCAAGAGUUUGUAGCUUCAGUCGCACAAUUCCUGAAUCCACAUCCCGGGGAUAUCCUGAAAUUCCUCACUGAAGCCCACAACACAACAGAUGGGCGAUUUGAGGUAUUUCUCCGUUUUGUUACUGGUCUCACCUCCCCAAUGACAGCUCGGGGCCUGGAGGAGUUUCUGGGUCCAUUUCCCAAUGAAACAACCUGCCGGGUGAUUGACUGGGUGAAGGAGGAGGUUAAACGUCAGAUUGGAAACACAUGGAGUGAUGCUGGUAAAAGGAGCUUUCUGAACACAUUGCACUACCUGUUUGAGUCUCAGAAUAGUGGACUGGCUCAGGCCGCACUGGGAUCUGUGGAAACACUUUCAUUCAGUGGAAUGACACUGACCCCGAUUGACUGUGCAGUCCUGUCUCAUGUCAUCAGACUCUGUGAUACAAUAAAACACCUCGACCUUGAGAACUGCCUCAUUCAUUGCGAAGGAAUCCAGCGGCUGGGACCCGGGCUGCACAAGUGCCAGGAGUUGAGCCUUGGUUGGAAUAAACUGGGAGAUUCAGAAGUGAAACUGGUGUCUGCAGCUCUGAGGAACACAGAGUGUAAAAUACAGAAACUGAGGCUGAGUCGUGUCGGUCUCACAGAUUCUGGUGCCGAGGAUCUCAUCUCUGCUCUCAGUACAAAACCAUCACUGAGGGAGUUGAGCCUGGGAUGGAACUCGCUCACAGACCGAUGGGUCCCUGCCCUCCGCCGCUUCAUACUUACCCUCCCGAGUCUGCAGCGGAUAGAGUUGCUGGGGAAUCAGUUUGGAGAGAAAGGGAGGAACGAACUGAGAGCUCUGCAGGAACCCAGACCUGGAUUGACCGUGCAUCUGUGAACAUCUGAAUGUGUUAACAUCACAGGGUCAGACACAGGGUGAAGCUCCUUCCACACCGUCCCAUCACACAUUCCCGGGGUCAAGCACAGUGUGAAGCAACCUCACACCAUCCUGUCACAUACUCCCGGGGACAGACUCAGAGUGAAACUCCCUCCACACCGUCCCAUCACAUACUCCUGGGGAUAGACACGGAAGAGGAUGGGAGUGGGCAAAAACGGGCAGGGGGAUACAAAUGGGAAUCACAACCAUAGCAGUUAACAAUCAAAUUUGAGUUCUAGGCUCGAGAAGUAGCCCAGGAUGAAAUCAAAGUUGAGGAUAAUUUUGGAGAACGGGACUCCACCCCUUUCCGUCAUCUCCCACGGUCCGCAGUCCUCACAGGACGCCGUCCGUUCCCGUCCACUCACACGGACCGUGAUCCCAAAUAAAUUUCACUCUUUCUCAUUCAUUGUCACUAUCGACACUCCCAAUGAGACCACCCCUUCCCAUUCACUCCACUCAUCCGCAUUCCUAAUGGGACGCAUCCCUACUCAUUCGCUUUCAUCGUCCAUACUUCCAAUGGGCCCCGUCCCUUCUCAUUCAGUCCCACUGUUUGCCUGCCUGUGGGCUUCGCCCCUUCCAAUUUACUCCCACUGUCUGAUCACUCCCAUUCAGUCCUGUCAUCCGAUCUCCCAGAGGGA